AUGGAACCCGUCAUCGAACUAGACGAGCAACGCUUAGCCGUGAUGAAAAACUUGUCUCUUCCUCUGAUGGUCAUGACAGGCGACCAGAACGAUUAUGCAUCGCUUGAUAUUCUUACUGCACUGGCAAAAGCAGAACUGUCGCAAAAUUUUUUUGUAGGGGUCAUGUGGGAUCCGUCGUUUCCUAAUAUCCACCAUAAGACUACCCCCUCUGUCACAGUCUUCAAUUCUCUGGACGAAACCACACCCAGAUACGGUGGUCGUUUUGAUCGAGAAGGUCUUUUAGGUUUUGCCAGCCUAGUCUCCCAACCGCUUGUCAGACAAUUCGACAUGUCAUCAUUAGUGAGCUUCAUGAAGUCCGGAUUGCCUAUUGGGAUGGUUUAUUCUACUAAAGAAGAUGAACGCAAGGCGCUUGCCGACGUCCUCUCAGUUGUGGCAAUGAAACACAGAGAAGAUAUUAAUUUUGCUACCGUCGAUGCCACCAAAAGCGAAUUUUUUCUUGAGCCCUUGGGCUUGCAGGUCGAUCAGCUUCCAGCUUUCGUUAUUCAGACCGACGAUCGUGUUUUCAAAUUCAGUCCAGAUAUGACAAUCACACCAGAAGCGAUUGAGGAUUUCAUUCAAAGGACGCUUUACUCGCAGACAACUCCCAUAGCUGCACAAAAAUAA